AAACCGAGAGAGUUCUACCUCCAUAAUUGACUUUUUCGUCCCGGUCCGGUGAACAUCUUAAUGGUUUAUGAUUAAGAAGUGAUCAAACCACUACAAGGCGAAGAAAUUGUAAGAUCAUACGAUUGAUACUUGUAACGAGUUCGAGGCUCAUUUCUCAACUGACACGACUUUCAAUUUCUUCCCCAUUCUUACAAACCAAAUCCCAUUUCUUCAUUUAUCGUAGCUCACUUCAUCCCGUUCGCCCCUCAAAUUCUCCUCCUCUCUGGGCCAUGACCGUCAAGGUUGAACUCCAGAAGAUUGGAAUUCUUGGGCUUCAGCUAAUAUGGCAUUUCCUGCAUUUGAUUCUUAGCUCAUUUUACUUUGUGGUUGGUAUUGCCACAACACUUGAAAGUUAUUUGAUAUCAUGUGGACUCCUACGCAAGUACAAUCAUCUUAGUAUAGAGAUGGUUAAAUAUCUUGCCAUUGUGGUGGAUAGUGAUGAAGCUUAUAAUACUUUAAAAAUUAUUGAACUUCUGCAAUGGUUAGCAUCGUUGGGCAUUAGAAGCAUUUGCUUGUAUGAUGUUGAAGGGGUGCUUAAGCAAUCCAAGGAAAUCAUUUUGAAGAAAGUAAACAAUGCGACGGUGUUCCAGGACAUUACUCUGGAGUUCAUAUCAAUCUCUGAUGGAAAGGAAGCCGUUGCCAAAGCAGCUAAUUUUCUUCUUGAAAAUAAGUUGAGAAAAAUGAACAUGAGCGAAGAUCACAGGCGGCGCUUUUCUGAAUCUCAGAUGACUGAGGCUUUAAAAGCAGUUGGUUGUGGAGGACCUGAUCCCGACCUUAUGUUAGUAUAUGGACCUAUACGAUGUCACUUAGGGUUUCCUGCAUGGAGAAUUCCCUACACAGAGAUUCUACACAUGGGACCAUUGAAAUCCAUGAAGUAUGGUUCCCUGGUGAAAGCCAUUUACAAAUUUACCAUGGUGCGGCAAAACUAUGGUAAAUGAAGUGAAGUAGUGAGAGAUUCUACAGUGAUGGAAGGCUGGAAGGCCAAUGAAGCAAAGAUAAGAUUUAGAAGUUUUGAAAAACAACAUUUUCUUGAGAUCUUUAAUCUUGUUUUUAGAGAUUAUAAUCAUUAAUUGAGUCUUUAAUAAUUGUAGAUUACCAUGCUUUACCUGAGUAAUCUAGAGAAAAAGCUUCACUAUUAAAUUAAGGUUUUGAAUACUCCUAUAGAAGCUGUGAAUUUUCCUACAAGUUUUGGAUACAUAAUAAUAAUAAUCAAAAAUCAAAAUCAGUGAAUAGAUUAAAGAAAAAGAAGAAAAAGAAAAGAAGACAGCAGCAGCAGCUUGAAGCUGCUGCCAUGGAGAAAGAAGGAAUUGACAGAGGGCUUAAGGAGGAAAAGAAAGAAAGUUGGGAGCGUUUGGGCGAAACCCAUUUGCCCGAAUCUUUAAACUUCCGAUAUCUUGAUCUAUAUUGAGUAAUAGGUAAUGAAAUAGGACUUGUUAGAAUUAUAAUAAGGAGAUUUAUAAAGUUGUAAAAGAAGUCGGGACGAAAUAUGGGCUGUAGAGGUAGAAUAUGGCUUCGUGACUAAAUGUUGGAAAAUAGCAGAAAAUGCAAGGAAGAAGAAGAGGCGUGUGCGGUAUCUGUAGGGCGCAUGGGAGUGCGAGCGCGAUUGUGCGCAGAUUAGGCGCGUGAGAUAAGCACAUCGAGCGUGUGAUGUUAUUUUGCUUCCCGUUUUGUCCCGUUUGACUUCUUUUUGACCUAUUCUACCAAGAUUGGCCUAUACUUGCCUUGAAAAUUGUGAAAUAUAGGUCCAAUUGGAAAGAAUUGUGUUGAAAUACUCUACUAAACUUACAUCCAAGGGAAAAGGAGUUCGAAACUAGGCAAGUAGCCUAUUGAGUUCCUUAAACUAGUUCUUAAAUUGUUUUGCAACAUCGGAGUAUGUUGAUUACAUGAUUAAGAGCUUAGUAGGUCAAUAUAUGCUUUGAUGAUAUUGAAUGUCUAUUUGUGUAUUGUGAUUGCUUGUCUGUGAUGUAAGCAUGUUAUAAAUGAUUACUGGAAUGUAUGUUUCGAACGUUAUAAUUAUAUGAAAGCACGUAUCAAAUGUGAAUAUGUUAUGCAUGUUAAUGGAAAGGUUAUGACUCUAGGAUAUGCUUAUAGAUUGUUGAGCCAUGACCUAUUUAUAUGAGUAUUGUAGUCUAUUAAUUCCCGCGGAGUUCCUGCCCAACGUGUUGUGUGCUAAGUCAGAGAGAACGAGUACUCCUGACCAUUGGUAUAUGAGAUGUACAGGCCGCCAGAGAAAUUAGUAGACGAGCCGUAUUUGAUAGAGAUCGAGUCUUACAUACGAAUCCGAAAAUUCUAGAUAAGCAUAUAGAGAGAGUCAAUAACCUAAGAUGGAGGUAGCUGAGAUACCUUGUAAAUGAACAAAUGACCCUAGUAAGAGAAACUAGGAGUCAAUGGCGAAUAAAAUUUAAAAACACUGGAAAGAUCAGAUAUAAACUCAUGAAAGAUAAGUUAGCUACUUACAGACUAAUUUAAUUAUUCAUCAAAAUUAUUUUAACUUUUCUUUCCAGAUUUAGAUAAUGCAGGCCAACCGAGGGUGAGACCAGCGAGCAAGAGACCACAGAGAAUCCAUGUCUGGGUCUGUUUUGUGUAUUUAUGCUUUCACGGUUGGUUGUUUUAAGUUUAAAUGAUACUCGUUUUAAACAUUUUACUUGAUGUAUAUAGAAAUAUUUUAAAAUUUAUGAUUGGUUUUCGGACUUUAUUAUCA